GCACCCCCUGUGGGUCCAGCUGGGACCCUGGCAGGGUGAGUUUCCCCUGGCUGUGCCCUGUGGGUGCCAGGUGGAACCCUGCCAGGGUGACUGUCCCUCUGACUGUGCCCUGUGGGUGCCUGCUAGGACCCUGGCCAGGUAGGUUCACUAGACAGGCAGGCCUAUCUGUAGAUUGGUCCUCCUUCCUCCCCACUCUGCUGCCCUGAAGCUUGGUCCCCCAGGGGCUUGUGUUAUCGGCAUAGCAGUUAUGGGAGUGCUCCAGGUACCAUAGUGAAUACUCCCUGUUUUAACCUACUUUGUAUGCCCCGGGCCUUUGUGCUGGGGUCUUGUUUUUAUUUGAAGGUUGAAGGUGCCAGACUAAAGCCCCAGAGAUGAGGUCUAGCUCAGCCAAUGCCAGGGCAAGCUCUCUUCUCACUGUGCCCCCUGGAUGUGCCCCUCACUGACAGCUGCGAAGGGAACUCUGUCUCUACCACCACCCCCCUUCUUGGCCUUUGUGCAGAGGCUGCCCGUAAGGGGCUGGUUUGUGCCCACACGAUGGCUCCAUGGGGAGAUCAGGCUGAGAACCCACCAACUCGGCCACCUUUGAACUGAUGUCCUGCCGUGCCCUACCUGGUUUUUAGAAGCACCCAGCGAGCAGAGCUUUUCAGGGCUGUGUGCCAGCGCUGGGGAGGGGCUGCCCCACACCAAUUUCCAUUCCAGGUCUGUGGGCCAAGGGCUUGUUCUGUAUUUAAACAGACACGUCAUUCAUGGCUGGGAAGCAGAACUGGGUGUCAGUGUCUGUGGUUGGCUGGGGAACGUGCAGCUUCCUGUGAGGUGCUUGUGAAAGAGGCUGGACAGUGUCUCUAGGGCCUCAGUCAGAGCAGAGUCUCUGAGUCGAUCCCCAGGCAGGGAGGAGACGCAGAGCACAGGAGCUCGACGGGCAUUGAUGCUGGGCAGGGGUGUUCAUUCAGGAAGGAAGUAGGAGGGGGUCUGGACCGGACAUAGUUGCAGAACGUCCACCAUGACUCUGGGCCUAACUGUCUGGCCCUGGGUCCUGUUCUGCCUCGGAGCCAUCCUGCCCUCAAGAGGGCGCAGUUGGGAGAGUGCAUCUGCAAGCCCCCUUCUGCAGCACGAGCCAUUUGUGGUGGUGUGGAACAUGCCCACGGCCCGGUGCCACCAGCGCUUUGGGGUUGCCCUGCCUCUCGAGGACUAUGCCAUCGUGGAGAAUCAAGGCAAUGCAUUCCAGGGCCAGAACAUGACCAUCUUCUACAAGAACAAGUUUGGACUCUACCCCUACAUCUCUUCGGAGGGCGAAUACUACAAUGGGGGGAUCCCCCAGAAAGUCCGCCUCAAGCAGCACCUAGAGAGGGCCACGGCGGAGAUCACCCAGCUCCUGGAGCCAGACUUCCACGGGCUGGCCGUGGUUGACUGGGAGGAGUGGAGGGCGCUGUGGAGACGGAACUGGGGCCCUAAGGCAGUGUACAAGGAGGCCUCUGAGCAGUGGGUCCGGGAGAGGUUCCCAGACAUGCGUGCCAAGAAGCGAGUCUACUUGGCUGAGGUAGAGUUUGAGGGAGCAGCCCAAGAGCUCAUGGAGAGGACGUUGGAGCUGGGGAAAGAGCUGAGACCUUGGGGUUUGUGGGGCUUCUACAGGUUCCCUGACUGUUUCAACAAUAACUGGACGAAGGGGGGGAAUUACACGGGGGAGUGCAAUGCCAUGGAGGUGCUGCGGAACAACCGGCUCAUGUGGCUCUGGGAGGCCUCCACCGCCCUCUACCCGAGCAUCUACCUCCCACCCAAGCUUCCGCCAGCCAAGCGCCAGAGCUACGUUCACCACCGCCUGCAAGAGGCCUUCCGCGUGGCACAGUUUGGCCUGGAGCAGCCCCUGCCGGUGAUAGCAUACUCCCGAGUCUCCUAUCGGCACUCCGCCAGGUACCUGUCCGAGGCUGACCUGGUCCAUACGAUCGGGGAGAGUGCGGCGCUUGGCGCCACCGGCCUGGCACUGUGGGGGGACAACUCCUACUCCCGUUCAGCUGAGAGCUGCAGGAGCCUCCGCCGUUACAUCACCCACACCUUGGGGCCCUACGUGGUGAACGUGACGUCAGCGGCCCAGCUGUGCAGCCGCCAGCUGUGUCACGGGCAUGGACGGUGUGUGAGGCAGCACCCCGAUGAGCUGGGAGCCUUCCUGCACCUCAGCCCGCAGCAGUGGGGAGCGGACCCCAUGCUGACCAACUACGUGGGCAUGGACGAGCCGGGCCAGAGGGCAUGGGGGCAGUUCUGCUGCCGCUGCUACCACGGGUGGACAGGAGCCAGCUGUGAGAAGCCAGGGUGGACUAAGCCCAUCAGGGGCCCGGACUGCAUUGUGCGGGCCCAUCAUCCUGACAUCUGCGUCGCAGUGCAGGACAGAAACACUGCGGGCUCCCAGAUCUGCCCUAAGUCUGCCUACGAGGGGAAGACAGAGCUCAGGUGACCGCUUGGAUCAGGGAGUGGCUCCUGGGACAUCAGCAGGCUCAUAGACGUGGAACCUAGGGAGAAGGGAGCCUGUGGUGGAGGUGGAAAUUCCUGCACUGACACACCCUUUAUUCCUGGCUAGAUGGCCGGAUCUGCCACAGGAUGAUCAACUGUUCCAGCCAUAAGAAUCCAUCCUUCCCUCCCACAACGAAACGAUCAAUGAAUCCAUGCUGGGAUAGCCCGUUUAAAGGGGAAUCAUAGAAUAUCAGGGUUGGAAGGGACUUCAGGAGAUCAUCUAGUUCAACCUCCUGCUCAAAGCAGGACCA